AUGUCGGACUCGUUUUCUCUACCUCUACGGCCUGUUCGGAAGAAGAUUGACGAUACAGACACCUUACCGAUCAGAAUUGCCCAAAUCAACGCACAGAGGGGCUCGUUCAAGGAUGUCACCGAAGAGAGCUUGUCGGAGGAGAUCACAGCCCUUCGCGUAUCGGGUAAACAAGAGCUCGAUAUACAGGGGACAGAAGAGUCCGGAAAUAAUGCUGAAGAUAGAGAGCAGCAGCUCUUUACCAGUCGAUCAGAAAUGCUCGAGUUUGCGACACAGGCUCAGAUCGAAGCUUGCUAUGCCCUUGAUUUUGUCUCCCUUGCCCUCUCAAAGUAUACGCCGCGGCAGGUAGAGGCCUCCAUGACCCCUUAUGUCAAGCAAAAGAUACCUAGUGGUUCUCUAGGUAUCGACCGAAUAAGGACGCCCGACCGAACCGAGGCAAAUAAGAAGGAUAUCGAGCUUGUCUCCAAAGGGUGGAAGCUAGAGAGCUUUAGCUCGGCAGCAAACAACCUUCUGGAGGCUGCUACUCGUCUUCAGAAGGAAGUGGCUGCGGAGACAAAAUACUGGUCUGAAGUCUUAGCAAUUAAAGAAAAGGGAUGGAAGAUAUGCCGGCUCCCCCGCGAGAGACAAACCCUUGGAGUACAGCACGGCUUUCUCGAAGCUGCCCCGGUGUUUAGAGAUCGCGGACUGGCUGCACUGAGACGGGCGGAUGAUGGGUCCUUGUACGUUGACCGGGGAAUACACGCAACGCCUCCAAAAGCCGUGCGUAUUCGAAUACAAGACGAUGGAAAUAUCGUGGGAGUGUCCCAGCCAGCCAGAAUCAAACAUGACGAUAAUACAUCCAUUCAGGAGACUCUUAUUCACCAAGCUAGGGACUCGCUAUUCGAAGAGGAACUGUUCUAUGAACUAAACCGUGAAGCCAGAUCCCUUAUUCGCCAUGGAGUUGAAACAACACAGAAUCAAAUCCUUUUUCAGUUGAGCGAUAACCGCCAGGUUCUUGUCGAUUUAGUGCCGGUGGACGACGCAGCCGCCUCUGACCAAGAUAUGACCCACAACCUUCCAGCCAACGACCUUGCGCAUGCAAUUGCCUGCUCAAUACGCCUCCUAUUAAAUCACGCCCACCGGAAAAACCACCGACGUCGAACGUCUAUACCCGCUGCUAUUUCAAUAAAGAAAAAGCCAACUGGAGAAUACUCGCUUCUUCAGCCCAGCAUCGCGUAUCUUCAACACAGUUCCCACCUCCAAUGGCUUACUUCGUGUCUUCACAAUAUUACCGCCACUCUAUUUUCAGCGGGGCUCAAAUACAGAUACUGGAAGACCAAACCCCCCUCAAAGGACACUCAGGAAACGGUCACCAGCCAAGAAAAAUCUAUACCACUUGUAGAGUCUCUUGUAGACUCGUUUCUUGGAGUACAGGAAACUAGAAUGGCUGGAGGUUUCUGCACGCAGAAUAACUGGUAUAAGAUUAUGGUUCGUACUGAUCUCAGCCCUAGCGCCCUCGGAACUGAAUUCGUUGUCUGGACCGUCCAUUCUGCUCUCCCGCAAAAGCAUAUUACCCAAAGAUUUGGCACUCGCGAGGAUCUUAAGGAAUUCCUUCUUUACUUGUUUACAUUAGACAUUGUCCAUAAUAUCCCAUUCCGCGGGAGUAGGAAGCCUGUGUCUUCUGCAUCCGGUGCAUCUCACGAGGAAACCGAAGCCACUGUACACGGUGCAGAUGGGGAUGAUACCAAAUCUACAGCCUGGGAGCCCACAUUUGCUGAGGAUGGGGAGAUAACAGCCUCAAUGCCCGGGGAAAAAUACAAUAAGAAGCUUAAAUUGACAUUAAACGAAGAAUCAUUAGAACUGCUUUGUAUGUCAUUAAGCUCGACAACUGGCAUGGUAGAGGAAAGUAAGUAUAUAUGGCAUGUGGACGAAACUAAAGGUGAACCCCAUACCACUCUUCAAGAAACCCUCAGACGUCUUGAGGCCGGUGGGUGA